AUGGCCGAUGCGGGAUUUUUUAAAGGUACGUCGGCUGAACAAGAUAGUCGAUUCGCCAAUAAACAAAAGAAACUACUCCAACAGAUGAAGUUUCCAGACAAUAUUGAUAUUAAAAUUGAUAUGGCGAAAGUUAAUCUAGAUGUCUUAAAGCCGUGGAUAACAAAACGUUUGGAAGAAUUAUUGGGAGUGGAAGAUGAUGUGGUGAUUGAAUAUGUGUUCAAUCAACUUGAAGAGAAGAAUCCAGAUCCGAAAAUGAUGCAAAUUAGUUUGACUGGUUUUCUUGGCGGAAGCAAAGCUCGAUUAUUUAUAAGAGAGUUGUUGAAUUUAUUAGCCGAUGCACAAACAUCGCCUGAUGGCAUACCAGCAGAAUUAGUUGAAUUGAAAAAGAAAGAAUUGCAAAAACGAAAAGAAGACAACGAUCGUUUACAAGAAAUACGUAAACGUGAAGAAGAAUCCCGUCGUCACGAUGCGAAACAUGACGAUGAGAAACCGAAUGAUCGUAAUGCAGGACCGCCUUCGUCCACGAAUCGAACUCGACAUGAAAAUGGCGAUGGUUCUGGUUACAAAUCACGGUCACAUUAUGAUGACGAUCGCCGUGAUCGAAGACGUCCAGAUGAACGAAACGAUCGACGACGUUCACCACCAAGAAAACGUCGUUCGCCACUACCGCCACCAACCAGAAGACGUCGAUCUCCCACGCCACCCUCGAAAAGACGGCGAUCACCUCUACCAUCACCUAAAGGUCGUCACGGACGAUAUUCGCGAAGUCCUGAAUCACGUUCACGACGUAACGACAAGAGAUCUUCUCCAGUUGCCUCAUCCAGCUCGCGAAAAGACGGCUAUAGAAAACCGGUGCGACCCGCAUCAGAAAGUAGUGAUGACGGUGAUACUAAAAAAAGUUCGUCUCGCUAUGACAAGUCGAAAAAUAACUCAACAUCCACCCGCCGUGAUCGUCGACGCUCAUCAUCAGCAUCGCCAAAACAGAGUCGAAGUCCUGUAAAACCUAAGAAACCAGAACCGGCAAAAAAACGCACACCGUCGUCAGAAUCCGAAUCCAGUUCAUCAUCGUCGUCGAUGGAAACAUCGCCAAAGCAAACAAAAAAACCGAUUGAUUCCAAAUCGAAGAAGCGAUCGCCAUCGAAAAGCUCAGCUUCAAGUCGCUCACCGUCACCAUCACGUCGUCGUACAGCGCAACGCAAUGAUAAAGUAGCGCGUAAAAAGUCGCAUGACUCCUCCGAUGACGAUAAAGAAAAAAAGAGACGUAAAAGUGAUAAUUCAUUCAGUGAUGAUCACCGAGAUGAAGUACGACCUAAGAGUUCAAAUAAACAACCAUUGUCGAAACCCAAAGGAAGAGUACCUACAGCUUCGCCCUCACCUUCCCCAUCGCCAUCGCCGCAAACAACAAAGAAAGCAAAUAAUAACGAUAAACCCAAAUCAGCUCCUUCCCCAACAAAAGCACCAUCCACAGCUAAAGAAGCUGCUCGUUCACCAUCGAAUAAAUCAUCCUCAGGAUCAAGUUCCGACUCCUCGUCAUCAAGUUCAGAAUCUUCUGAUUCAUCGUCGGAAUCUGAAUCUGAUAAUGACAAAAAGGCCGGAAAAAAACCACAAGCAGCGCAUAGUGGCUCGUCAAGUGACUCGCGAUCACCAUCGCCUGUUCGCACUAAGAAAGGUGAUAAACCAUCUGUCAAAUCGAGAUAA